AUGACUUCAGCUUUCGCUUCCUUUGGAUGUCUUGACGAAGUUAUUCAAGUGAUUUAUCAAGGCGCUGAUCGUUUCGUUCUACUUUCCUUUGUGAACAAUGAAGAAUGGUCCAUCAAGCUUGGAUUGGCCGGCACCGAGGGCAGAUGGUGGAAUGGAAGCUGGGUUGAAAGUGAUAUCUUCGCUAUCGUUGGCUCAAAACCUUCUGCAACUGUACUGGAAAAAUUCUCGCAAAAACUGGCAGAUAGCUUAGUUCAGGGUGAACUAUUCAUCAGCAAUUGGAGUCCGGAGUCAUCGAAUGCGUCGAUUAAACUCACCUUUGCGCCAGGUUCAAUAAAGCCUAUGCAUAUGUCUCUCACCGAGAUUAGUGCAGACCAGGCGGCAUCCUUUGCUUCGGAAAUCUUCCUCGAGAUUGCUAUAAAGGCCAAAUCUCGACAAUGCCGACUGCAUGAUCCUGGAUACGCUGCGCCAGGUGGAGUUGUAUCAACCGCCUCACCUUCCAGAGUCACUGGCUCGAAACGUCAGGACGUGAAGUACAGCUCGGAUGAGGCGCCGGAUGCAAAGCCAAUUCCUAAUCAUAAACGGCCAAGCGAUGUUAGCAGGCGCAAGGUUCAGGAACUUUCCCCAGACCCCGAACCAAAGUCAAAGAGUGUGAAAGGGGCUCCACGCCCAAUCAAGGGUGCGUCUUUGGCAAACCCUAAUAAAAAAGCACGCAAAUACCAGGCAAUUGAAUUUGGGAGUGAUGAAGAAUAA